GUAUGCGACCUAUUGAUGACAGCGACAUUAAUCAGAAUUCAACUUCCGGUCUGACUAAAAUUACAACAACAACAACAACUGUUAUUGAGAAAUAAUAAAGUCACCUAAAAAGGGUUUUUAUUGUGAAAAUUAAUGUUUUAAAUCUGAUGAAUUACUAAAGUAAGUGAUGACGGACAAUGAGGAUUGGCCAAUCACAGGAGUUGUUGUUGUAGCAGAUAUAACAAAAUGUCCUGCAGGAUAUACCACAAUUGACAGAACAUAUGAUCGUGCGGAGGAGGCAGAUUUAUGGAGAGAUGGUAUAUUUGGACGCAGAGUCACAAGAUAUUUGUGUGUUCAAAGAACAGCUCCACAACCGGGUAAAGAUGUUCUAGUUGAUGUUUCAAUCAUAAAUGACAGGGAUCCCGUCCCUGCUGGAUUUACUGUCUUAGACUACACGGCUGACACUCGUGAGAAGGCAACAAAGAAGAAAGUGAUAUGUGUAAGAUGGAUGAGUGUCAACCUUACAAACAGUGCUCUAUCAGAACUUAUUAUAUUACCUAAAGGUACCAGGAGACCUCCAAAUGGAUAUACUCUAGUGGGAGAGUUGAACAACUUGAUGCUGUGUUACAAGAUGGCUAAUAUACAGACACAAUCUAAAAUUUCACACACCAACUCCGACCCAUCUAUAAACAUGACAGACAUGGCCAAUAACCUACCAUAUACACUGCAUCCUGGUAAAGAGAAUGCAUACAGACAAGGGAUGUCAUCUAGUUAUACACCUGGUACCAAUGUGGCCGGGUACAAUCAAAACCGCCCUGCUCCACCUCAACGCCAAAUGACCAUAGGUGGUACAGUGUCAGCAUUGUCUGGGGUACCAUGGCAACUUAGUCCUAAACUUACAGAUCUGGAAAAUUUAAAAAAUAUUCACAUACCAGAAAUCAGAUACAAAACCAUUUUGGAUAUUGAAAAUCAGUACCAGUAUCACUUUGAUGUUGAAAGAUCUACCAGUGCAAACAGUGGUUAAAAUAUUCAAAUUGUCCUCAUUGUGACUGUAAUACUGUGACUUGUUUCCCUCUUUUGGUAUAAUAUCAUAAGAGAGAUUCUAUGUUUUGCAAUAUAUAAUUUAGUAUUUGUCUAUUGUGAUAAAAUCAGUGCUUGUAAGCUGCACUUAUUGAAAUUUUGCAACAGGGAAUGGUAAAGUUUUUGUUAUUUGAAUAUCAUUGUUUUGUUUUCAUAAAAAAAAGUAUCUUAAACAAUAUUUUUGGAAAAAAAUAUGAAAGGGUUUUCAUACAUUGAUUACAUACAAAUUGUUUUUUUUUAAUGCAAGCUACAUCUAAAUUUUUGGAUGUUGAUUAUUUUUUUUGCUUACAAAAAUUUGUGUCAAAAAGUUUAAAUGCAAGCCAUGAUAGGUAUUUAGUGUUUCAAGCAAUAUUCUAUCAUGCUGAUGUUUAGAGAGAAAAACACAUUAUAACCCUCUUGUUUAAUAAGGACCAUAAAUUUAAAAUUAUGUAUUUGAUUGAACUUUUAAGUAAUGAAUUAAACUUGAAAUGAAGAAAACAAGCUAAAAAAACAACAAGAAACACUUAAAUUUUAAAAUGGAUUCUUGCAAAGUUUAUACACUUGAAAGCAUUAUACUUUGUGCAUUAAUCACUUCCCACUAUAUUUGUGUAAUGUACUUCAAUAAUAUUGAUACUGUCUAUAGUACUUAAUCUAUUCAGACUUAAUGUUUGUGGCGAAGGUCUAUGACACUCAUCUGCUCAUCUGCUGUUAUAUAUAGAGAAUAUUGAAUGCGAGUGUAUGUUUAAUACUAAAUUUUUUGAUCAAGUUGAAUAAAACCAUACGAGAAUAUAAAAUACUAUAUAUCACAUAUUCAAAAUCAGAAAUGAUCAGUUAAAAAAAGUUGUUUUUCGUUUAGGCGCCUAAAGUGUUAUGCUAACAUUACCACAUUUUAACACCAUAUUUGUAUGUAUUGAAAAUGAUGUCAUGUCAUUCAAAGUGUUAUUACACUAGUGUAAUAUCAAUUUUAUUAAAUGGCUUUAUUACACUCCUGCACCCUAGUUUAUGUGAUAAUUACUUCUAUUUUGUGGCAAGAUGAAUAGAAAAUUGUAGUCUUCAGUAUAAUUUAGCAGUAAUCUGUCCUCCAGGAUGAGUGACUCUUGGAAUAAUUUUCAAUCUCUGUCGAUAAUUAUCCCAGCAAGCACUUGCUGUACAAUAUAAAUGAAAGAAGUGUUUAUGAUUGUCACUUAGCUGAUAGAAACAAAGACAGACUGAUCAGGAUCCAUGCUGUUCGCUUACCAACUCUAUUACAAGUAGAGAAACUGAUAGCGAACAGCAUGGAUCCUGAUCAGACUGCGCGGAUGCGCAGGCUGGUAUCCAUGCUGUUCGCAAACCCACUAUGUUGGUUUUGUCAUGAUGCGGCUCAUUUAUUGUUAAUAGCCUUCAAGAGUGCAAUCCCUUAUUGUCAAUUUGUAAUUACUAUGUGCCAUUUGUGGUAGGAGCUCCACUGAGGUCUAAAGGCAUAAAAAAACCAUAGAAUUUGAAAUUUUUACAGAGAUCAAUCUGGGCACCUAAAACAGAAACAAAUAAAAGGGAUAUAUUAAAGAAAUGUAUUCAAAUUCAAUGAAAAAAAUUUCAGGUGAUUUUUGCUACGUAGAAAAAAAACGUGUGAGUGAAUGAUCUGAAAGUUUGACUAAAAGUUAAAGUAAUGGUUUGAUAUAAAAAUCUCAAAAAAAAUCCAGUGCUGUUAUGCCAAGAAACCUCAAUGGAGUCCCUCCAGUGUGCUAUCAUUGUGCAAGAACAAUUACCUUUUGGUUAUAGUUAGUUAGUUACAGGAAACGAUAGGAAACAGACAAAUUUGAUAAACUGUUAUAAUGAGUAGCUUUAAAUGUUUUCUGUGUUUGGUCUCUAUGUUGAACAUAUGAUGUAAAUUUGAAAUUAUUACAUAUUUCUACUAUCAAAUAUAAUGUAUACAUAUAUGUAUAAUGUAUGACUGGCGAGUUGAGUAGUUAACACAUCAGCCUAACUUUUGUACUUAACUUCUUAUUAUUGUAGACUUUAUUGUUACAUUUUGUUUUUUUUUACUUUCAAUGCAUGAUUUGUAUACAUGUAUUUGCCAAUCGAUUGGUGGUCAAUGAUUGAAAAAUAAAUU